AAAUGUAUUUUAAAUUAACAUUGAGUUGUCAGUAACGUUAACACGCAAAUGCCAAAUUAGUGCGUAGCUUUAAUUUGACAUGUGCAGCGGAAGAGAGAAUUUCGGACAGCGGCUGGCAUCCGUUUUUGUAUUUCAUACAUUACUGGUAGCCGUGCGAUCAGAAUUCUAUGAGGUGACACGCAGAUCUACAUUAGAGCCGACCUCGAAUAGCCAUGACGAAGAAGACAGCUACACUGUUAACUACGAAUGGCUGCAGAAUCACAUAGAACACGAUGCGGCAGGCGGGAAAGAGAUGCGCUGGGAUAUUAUGUUCGCGGAAGAGGGCAGUGGCAGUGCCACGGAGAUGCCAGAGGAUUGCCAGCAGAAUCCGCGAAUUUGCGAGGUCGAGAAAAACGAGAGAUGUGUCAGUGUAGAGGAGCAGUGGAGUUGUCAGUGUGUUCCGGGGUACUAUCGGAAUCCUGUGUUUGGAGGAUGCCCAGGGCUCGCGGACUAUUAUAAAGUCACUAUCAGGUUCUCCGAUAAAAAGUUCACCGAGAGUCUCAACGAUCCGACCUCUGCUGAAUAUAGAGCGUUAGAACAUAGCGCAAUUGCAACCAUGUGGGAGCUUAGCUACAUCGAUAGCACGUUGAGAACCUCUGUUAAGGAGAUAGACGUGCUGAGGUUCGAGCGAGGCAGCGUUCUGACAGUUUACAACCUGGUGACGGACAACAGCGCAAACAUCACAAAUAGCGACGUCGAAUACGCGCUAUCCUCGGCACUCGUGAAUGCACCGACCAACACGACACUGAAUCUGGUCAAUGCCACGUUGACGGAGGUCGUCAGUGUUUCCCGGUGCGAGGAUGCACAACUGAACUACUGUCACAGCAACGCCACCUGCACCGAACAUACCGACGGCAGCGGCUUCACGUGCGCGUGCGCAGCGGGUCUGGUUGACUGUGCCAAAGUUGUCGGUGGCAGUUGCUUUGACUGGUACAAACCCGGAGAACAAUGUUUGCCGUCGGCAGGCACGACUGAUGUACCAGCCACUACACAUGCUAGUACUACACAGUGCGCCGUGGACUUCUGCGCACAUCGCGGCACCUGCCGCCAUGAUAAACUUCACCAGAAGACCUGCGAAUGUGAUAUAUGGUAUGGUGGAAAUCGAUGUGAAAUCGAUAUAGCAGUUCUGCUGGUUUCUAUUUUAAGCACCCUACUGGUGAUAGCAGUCGCUGCUAUGAUAAUAGUCACCUGGUAUUAUUACAGGUCUCAUCGCGGCCAAUAUAUAUUAGAGGAAGCAUACAAGCGUCUAAACAUAGGCACCGAUAACAUGCUCCCCAAAUUUACGGGAGCCAGGAUGCCAGCGAAGCGCAGCGACGCAGAACAUUGUGUUGGAGCACUGGACACAUGCCAUGUUCAGCAUAACGUCGACGUAAUCCCCGCACAAUGGUUAACGCAACCGCUAGAUGUCGCCGAUGGCUCGAUGCCGAAUCUGAGCCAGCUGGAAAGUGCGACUGUGCGUCUGCCAAGAGUGCUUGGUUUAAGAAAGUAUAUGUAGAAAAGAACAGCGCGCGUAUAUACUCGCAAUAGUGUGCGUCUUUCCUUAACGAACGAACGGUAAUUGCUUAGACUAUAUAUGACCGCAUGUUUCUCUUUCUAUAGAGAGAGUCUUCAAUAUAACAUAAUUUAGUGACGGAUUGACUCAUGUAUUUCACGGCAUUAUUGUUUACAUAUUUAUAGCGCGUCUGUAAAUAGUUAAUGUAAACGUCUCGUCUGUGUAUGUAGUACAGGCUAUUGAUAGCUUGAAACGUGAUCACGGGUUUGCAAUGAAAAUGUACUCGAUAAUAGCCCUACGGCUUGCAGUGUCUAUAAGAACCAGAUGAUUGUCGAUUAGUCCUCUGCUACGGGUAGGGAACUUGUGCCCAAAGGUAUCAUUACUUACGGGGCUGCCAUCAUUCCUCAGUUUCCCGUGCCGACCGUGACACAUAAUGUAUGUGUUCGUUGAUCACCCCCCCCUCCCCCACUACACCAGCAUACCCCGCGUCCCCGGCGUGGUGCCUCUCAAGAGACUGUCCCCUGUCACCGACCAGAAGCUCUUCAUCGGCAUGCAGGACCCUUGUAACCGGAAACAAUCCCAACCUAUCGUACGCCGGCAGGCAUAUUAACUAAUGAUCGGAGUCGUGUACUUGCACAGUAGUACGUGGCAAGUGUAUGUGUGCCUAUAUAAAUACUGGGCGGAAGCCCAGAGAAGACAUUAAAGACCC